UUCUACGGGUAAACAGAGAGCACAUCAGUGAGAGAGAGAGCCUCUGUCUAUACUUUCAUGUUAAUGUGAAGCGUAACAGAGUUGUUUCUAGAGACUGAUUUGCUUCACUGAUGACUGAAAUAAGGGACUUUUGGAGGUCGACUGUGUGGAUUAUGACUGAAUGAUAACAUCUCUCCUGAUACCAGACAUGGAUUUAAGCAAUACAACACCAAUUCUUGUCUUCCUGAUUAUCAACAUAAACUUUGUGACAGCAGGACUCAAGAUCCCGUCACUUGACAAGUUGGAGGUGAAUAUUUUGGACGGGGAGGUUAUAGUAUAUUGGAAACAUCCUGCAGAUGCCCCCUCAAACCUCACGUACAAUGUACAAAUGGCAAAGUACAUUGGUGCAUGGAACAAUGUGAGCAGCUGCACCAAGAUCACAAGGAACUUCUGUGAUCUUAGUAGCUUUGUAGUAGAUGACUAUCGUGCAGGCUACAAGGUCAGAGUUCAGGUGGUUUCGGGAGAUGGCGUGUCUGCGUGGACUGCAAAAAGAUUUUACCCAAAUUUAAGUGAAUUGCAGCCUCCCUCCUUCACUUUGUGGGCUACUUCCAGCUCGCUGACAGUUCAUGUUCACCAAAAACCCAUCCUGAAAAAACUCUUUCCUUUUGGGCUCACCUACACCAUCUACCUGGAGGACACAGGGCAGAAUAGAAAGAAUACGACAGCCUACCUGAAAGAUGACGUAGGGGAUGAUGAACGGAGUAAGACUUUCAGUUCUCUCCGCUGGGGGAGAGAGUACUGUGUCAGUGUCACAGUAGAGGGCAUUGGAGGAACAAACCCCAGCAGUGUGUCCCCUAGAAAGUGUCUGCUGCUACCAGAGCAAGAAUGGUUCAUAAUUGCUGUGUCAUCCCUUUCUAUUCUGGGUGGGCUGGCCAUCUUCGUUAUCAUGGCAACCAUCCUCCUGUGUUACCUGAGAGGAUCAGAGAAAACCCCCACUGCAUUGAAAUCCCCUGUGAGCGGCUGGCUUCCACUCUCUGUUGGAGAAGGCGCUGUGGAAGUUGUGACAGACAAAGGAUGGUUCCUGUCCAGUUACAGAACAGAAGUGACAAACUGUGUGGUGCCCAGUGACCCAGAGACAAAUGUUACAGUAAUAGAGGAAGAUGGAGAGGAAGACAGGAGGACCAGCAUGGACAGCGGAGUCGGCAUGGAGUCCAGCUCUGCUACUAACAGCGGAAAAAGUCCUCCAAUGCAACAAGAAGACAGCGGCUGUGGGAGCUUAGGAGGACCAGAGAGCUCCAGCAGCUGUCAGACAGAUUACCCCCUGCAGGAGGAGAGGACUGAUAUGGACAUAGCUCAGAAGAGGGACUAUAGUGGGGUGGUGCUGCCCUGCCACCUUGAUUGUUCCUCCAUUAAUCUGGAGGGGCAGGACAAUGGGUUUGCUGGUGGUAAUUAUCGCAGCCAGAGCGGCUCUGCUGUGCAGAUUCAUGUCUGUGACGAAGAGGAGAUGUUUAAACAAAAACUUCCUGAUUUGGCCGAAGUGGUCACCGGUUACAGGGCUACACCUCAACUGUGCGUUUGCUCAGGAGCAGGUCAGUGCACCUGGUGCCACAAACAAGGCUUUUAUGACACUGAGGUUAUCAAACAAUACAGAGCAAUGUGUAUUGAAAAUGGACUGCUGAGCAGCAAAAGUGACUUUGUGGACUCUUACAAGGCGGGAUUUACAAUAUCAAAUUAUUCUAAAACACAAAUGGACACUGUCAUGGUGAAUGGCUUUGAAACAACUUUUAUACAACUGGGGGAGACUUUCCCUCUGCUCACAGCUCUGGCACCGCUGCCCCUAGUGGAGGCAGGGCAGGACUUUAACAUGAACAAUGUCUCCCUCUCUCUAUGUGACGUACAGCUGACGGCUGAGUGACGCUGUGGAAUGCAACACUAUUUAUAAGAUAAUCAUGCUGACAAAAUACAGAGUACAGAAGAACACUCAUUAUACCUACAUGACACACUUUUUGAAGCAUGACAUGGGUAAGGAAUUCCAGUUCUGAUAUUCUAAAAAGAACAUCGGGGGAAACUAAGGAGUAAACAGGGCAAGCAAACAGGCUGUUAUUGAACCUAGGAAGGAAACAGAGGUUAGACCACACAGCUGCUGGCUGGUGGCUGUUGGUUGUCGUCUCAGGAGCUUCUAAAGAUGAAGAGCAAAACGACCUUAUUCAACCCUGUCUCAUUGGGUAUAUUUACAACUGAAUACAUUUGCCGUGUGCCGGAAGUGAAACUGGUCGGGGGAGUAAAGCACAGAAACGGUUUGACAGUGGCGUGUCUUUGGACAUUUUGUGAUUUCUCCCAGCCUCUCGCCUCCACCAUCAAUGAUACCAAAUGCUGGUAAACAACUUGUAAGGUUUCUGAAAAGCAUUUCUUUUUUCUUGCCAUUAUUUAAACAUAAGGCAGGGGAAAAUACUUGUGAGCCCCCUUUAAGUCAUGCAAUGUCAUGUGAUGUCAAAGGAGCAAAUAUUUUAUCACAGAUAAAAAAGAAAGUUACAUUCAUAGCUUAAACUGCAGGCGCAUCUUUCUGUGUGACUUAUUUAUUGGAUACACAGAAAAAAAAGAUAUUUAUUUAUUGUGUAUUACUGUGAAUGUAUGUGACUGUGUGUUAUUAAAAGAAACUGUCUCCCUGGAAUGUUUGUCCUACAUUCGCAAAAAACCCAAGCAAAUGAUGAUGUCGAUUUCAGAAACCAUGACUCAAGGAAAACCCUGAAACAGCAGAGGUAUACCUGUGCACAAACACACGGCUGUAUUUGGGAUUCCCGCAUGCAAAUUCUGCACAGAAACCAGAGCAGUGGUUUCAAGCUUCUAAACUAUACAGGCACUUCCUUUUUCAGGCUUCUCAAAAAAGUCCCAGGUCA